UUGACAGCAUAGUUAUAAAAACACAUACUUUUGGGUGCAAGUUGAAAUCUGAUAUCACAAAGAAGUUUCUUACUUCAACGAAGAUUGAUUGAUAGUUUUUUUCCUUCUUUCGAUUCUGGGUUUUAAUCACAGUGUAAGAAAUUUAGCUCAACGAUAAUAUACUUGCCACCGCAAUCAUGGCGGAUGUUUUAGCUAUGAAAGAGAUUGAAGACAAAGCGGCGUCUCUCGGAAUUGAUUUGUCUACUAUUGAUCUCGAUUCCAUUCAUCUCCCACACGGUGAAGACUGUGGCAUAUUGAGUGAUGAUGAAGAGGUUUUUCAAGAGGAGAAUCUCGAGUUUGAUACUGGCUUUGGCAACAUUAUAGUAGUGGAUAAUACUCCUGUUGUUACGAAGGAGAAAUUUGCGAAGCUUGAAGGUGUUAUUAGGAAGAUUUUUAAUCAGAUGGGUGUUAUUAAGGAUGAUGGCUUCUGGAUGCCUGUUGAUCCUGUCACUGAAAAGACAGUUGGUUACUGCUUCAUUGAGUACAAUACUCCUCAGGAAGCUGAGCUUGCGAAAGAGAAGGCCCAGGGAUACAAAUUGGAUCAUUCUCACAUAUUUACUGUUAGCAUGUUUGAUGAUUUUGACCGGUUUAUGAGAGUGCCGGAUGAGUGGGCUCCUCCUCCGAGAAAGGAAUAUGCCCCAGGGGAAAAUCUUCAACAAUGGCUUACUGAUGCUAAGGCCCGCGAUCAGUUUGUGAUUCGUGCUAGUUCAGAUACGGAGGUUUUGUGGAAUGAUGCUAGGCAUUUAAAGCCUGAUCCUAUUUAUAAACGUGCAGUAAGUGGACAUCAUAUUCCAAUGGUGUGUUACGGAUUUGGUGAUGAUGGAAGAGGAGCUAUGGCUAUGAUGGGAGCUCUGAUGCAGCAAGCUUGCCUUUCUAAUCUCCAUUUAAGUCAGGGUUUGAUUUGGGAUGGAUUGGGAUGCAAAGAAUGGAUGUUAGAACUCAAAAUUCGUGUUCUGCACUGUCAGGUUCGCUACAGCGAACUCUGUGUUCGCUGCAGCGAAUGUCUGCAGACUGCACUUUUGUGUUUCACUUAA